UUUCAUUAAAUUUCUUCUAAUGAUCUCCAAACUACUUUGAUAGUUUUUUUGUUUAAAGAAUUCUCUCCCUCCCCCACGAGGAUUCAGUCAAGAAUGAUCUUUUGCAUUUUGUUGUUUUUUUUUCUCUGUUUUGAAAAAGCAGGCCAGUUGUCUAAUGGAAUGCCCCACCUUCUGGAUUUAUCUGAUUGUUUCCUCUUGGUGUGAUCCUCUUUCAGCACAUUCACAUACAGCCCUCAUUUUCUGUAAACUGGAAGCUAAAUCCAAAGGCUUCUUUAGGUUCAUUUAAGACUGUUUUGGCAAGAAAAUGUCAUCAGUGCUGCUGUGUAGUGCACGUCGUGCUCCGUCAGGAAACAUAUGCCUGCUUACUUUACUCUCUGUGGUGUGAUGCUGGCUUUGGUGACUUCAUUAAGGAGGAGAAGCCCCGCCAGUGAACGGAAGACUUCCCCCCGACCUUGAGCUUGAACUAAGGGUACCAUGGCCACCUCGGCCCCCUUGCGGAGUCUGGAAGAAGAGGUGACCUGCUCCAUCUGCCUCGAUUACCUGCGGGACCCUGUGACCAUUGACUGUGGCCAUGUCUUCUGCCGAAGCUGCACCACGGAUGUCCGCCCCAUCUCAGGAAACCGCCCCGUCUGCCCGCUCUGUAAGAAGCCCUUCAAGAAGGAGAACAUCAGGCCCGUGUGGCAGCUGGCCAGUCUGGUAGAGAACAUUGAGCGUCUGAAGGUGGACAAGGGCCGGCAGCCGGGAGAGGCGGCCCGCGAACAGCAGGACGUGAAGCUGUGUGAGAGGCACCAUGAGAAACUGCACUACUACUGUGAGGAUGACGGCAAGCUGCUGUGUGUGAUGUGCCGCGAGUCCCGGGAGCACCGGCCCCACACGGCCGUCCUCGUGGAGAAGGCCGCCCUGCCCCAGAGGGAAAAAAUCCUGAACCACCUGAGCAUCCUAAGGCGAGACAGAGACAAAAUUCAGGGCUUCCAAGCAAAGGGAGAGGCUGAUAUCCUGGCCGCGCUGAAGAAGCUGCAGGAGCAGAGGCAGUACAUCGUGGCUGAGUUUAAACAGGGACACCAGUUUCUGAAGAAGCGGGAGCAGCACCUUCUGGACCAGCUGUCCACCUUGGAGCAGCUGCUCACAGAGGGCAGGGAGAAGUUCAAGACUCGGGGUGUUGGGGAGCUCGCCCGGCUGACAGUGGUCAUCUCGGAGCUGGAGGGCAAGGCACGGCAGCCAGCAGCGGAGCUCAUGCAGGACACUAGAGACUUCGUCAACAGGUACCCACGGAAGAAGUUCUGGAUUGGGAAACCCAUCCCUCACAUGGUUAAGAGAAAGACAGGAGAAUUUUCGGAUAAACUCCUCUCUCUGCAGCGAGGCCUGACACAAUUCCAAGGGAAGCUGCUGAGAGACUUGGAGUAUAAGACAGUAAGUGUCACCCUGGACCCGCAGUCCGCCAGUGGGUAUCUGCAGCUGUCUGAAGACUGGAAGUGUGUAACCUACACCAGCCUGUACCAGGGCUCCUCGCUGUAUCCCCAGCAGUUUGAUUGUGAGCCAGGGGUGCUGGGCAGUAAGGGCUUCACCUGGGGCAAGGUGUAUUGGGAAGUGGAGGUGGAAAGGGAGGGCUGGUUGGAGGAUGAAGAUGAUGGAGAGGAGGAGGAACAAGGGGAAGAGGAGGAGGAGGAAGAGGAAGCUGGCUAUGAGGACGGAUAUGAUGAGUGGGAAACAGAUGAAGAUGAGGAAUCAUUGGGAGAUGAAGAAGAGGAGGAGGAGGAAGAAGAGGACGAAGUUCUGGAAAGCUGCAUGGUGGGGGUGGCCAGAGACACUGUGAAGAGAAAGGGUGACCUCUCCCUGCGGCCAGAGGAUGGAGUGUGGGCGCUGCGCCUCUCCUCAUCAGGCAUCUGGGCCAACACCAGCCCUGAGGCCCAGCUUUUCCCGUCGCUGCGGCCCCGGAGAGUGGGCAUCGCCCUGGAUUACGAGGGAGGCACCGUGACUUUCACGAAUGCAGAGUCACAGGAACUCAUUUACACGUUUACCACCGCCUUCACCCGACGGCUGGUCCCCUUCCUGUGGCUCAAGUGGCCAGGAACACGUCUCCUCCUGAGACCUUAAGUCCCAGGCUGAAUCUGGGCCCCACACCCAAAGAAGCUUCACUUCUAUGGGCUUCCAGGACUUUGUGACGGGGAAGGGGUGCCUGGUUCGAGCACCUGGAGCAGGGGCGAGGAGGGACCCAAAUCUACUGUCACCUACCUCCCCACGGGGGUGGUCUAAGCCUCAGUGCUGUUGUACUGCCCUCAUCGGGCUCUACCCCACCUUGCUGGUUUCCAUGGGACCUUCUGUCCCUGAAGACCAUGAGAAUUCCCUGCCUUGCGUCCGACCACCCUUUGCCCCAGCUUGCUUGGUGGGAUAAGGAGCUGAGCAGAAUUGUCUGGUUCAAUGUUGCAUUCUGUGCCAGCUGGCCUGGGAAAUGAGGAUUGAUUAUACUUGGGGCCAUUUGCUGUUUUCAACCCUCCAAUAGGUUCCUCUUGCUUGAAUUCACUCUUGCCCAUCUUCCAUUUUAAGCAGACCUCCUCCUACCCUAACUCAGCUAGACAAUACAUGCAAAUGCUGGAAAUACGGACUCCAAAUCUACUAGGCUCCCGUGUCAUUUCAGCCGGCUGCCUGCAGAGCCGAUGGGAAUUACUUGAAGCUCAGUGAAUAAAAGCAGCUCCAGAGGCUGAGCGUGGUGAGAUUACCAUAGGUGGUGAGGUGCGGUUCUCUGGAGCUAUCUGUGGUUUUAGAGGAAGAAUCUAGAUAUAUGUGACUUUGGGAUGACUUGCAAUCUAUAAAAAGUUCCCUCUGCAGAUUGAUACUUGUGAUGUGUCACUCAGUCUCUGAAUCUAAAAACACCAGAUAACCCUAGCGAGUAAAAUCUGCCCUGCCUCAGAGGAUCUGGUCAGCAUCUCCAGGACUCCUGCCACCUGCUCUGCUCAGUGCCCGGGCUCUUUUUUAGAAGAGCGAAGGAAGGCAGAGGACUCGACAACAAGGCCCUCAGGUCUUCAUGUCAGGAAAGAAUCUCAAGUGUCUUUGUACUGCCUGUGGAUCCAACCCCAAUCCUAGCCCUAUCCAGUCACCUGUCGUGACACAAUUUAACACAGGCUCCUGCUCCAGCCAAAGUGAAGUCCCAGUUUUUGUCUUUAUCCAUUCCAGUUGUUCUACCUGUUUCCUGUUUAUCCAAGUUUUGACUCCUCCCCCUGCUCUGAAGAUUGCUCCCAGCUACUCUGCAUCUAGGUGGUAUCUUAGCCACCCCACGUCCCGGAGUUGCCCACCUUGUAUAUAUCACAUGCUGCCUGAGUCCCACUUACAUCUUACUUCUGCCUCUAGUUUUGUAAGCUCCUGGAAAGUGGAUGCCAUCUCUUAAUACUUGUGUUCUCCAUGGCACCUAGUGCAGUGCUGGGCGCAGAGUAGGUGCUCAAUAAAGACUUGUUUAAUGAACAGA